AUGGAUGCUACUAAGAAGGUGCUUGUUGCUGGCAAUAAGGGAGAUAAUGUUGUUGCUACUGCUGACAUAGAUCUCAAGCAUGAUGACUUCAUGGUUGACAUGGAGAUCAAUAGAAGUGAAGCUGAACAUGAGGCUGUUGCCGAAAAUGAGGAUCAGGAUGGCUCUGAUGAGGGUGUCUCCAAUGAGACCAAGGACAUCGCUGUCAAACUCCAGACUCAACUCACGGAGCAGCAUAUUCUCAUUGGGGAGCAGCAGUGCCGCAUCCGGAACUUGGAGGCUGAUUCUGUUAAGCUUCUGGCCUUGAUUCAGAAGCUGAGCAAGGAGGUGCAAUUGAUCCCUAAGGAAAAUGACACCUCCAACUUCAUUCAUGACCUGCAGACCACUCUCCAGUUCGUGCAGGAUCAGCUCAUGAAGCAAGAGAAACACAUCUCUGUGCUUCAAGCUCAGUUAAAGGAGAUCCGGCGUGGAAACCUCUAUCAGCCUGCUCCUGCAGGAGAGCGAGUCGUCAACGCCUUUAACAGCCGUGCUGCACAUGCUGCUGCACCUCCUGCUAUUCCUCCUCCUUUUGGAGCACGUGCUGAGCCUCGUACUACAGCUGCAAAUGCCUUUGGCUCCUGCCCUUCGACCCUGCCUCAUUUUCGCUCUCCCCUCACCAUCCCUUCUCGCUCCUCGUCUCACCCGCCCCCCCAUCCCCUACUCCCCCCUUCCUCCCUCUCCCCUCUUUUUGAUGCGUGCUCAGCCUAUCUCGUCUCUCCUCACGUCCUAACCAUCCCCGAUCCCCCCCACCCUCCCUUCACCUUUCUGCUGUUCACCCCUCAUCAACCCCACCCAUACACUCCUCAUUACCUUUUCCCAUCCAUCCCCUCUCUCCAGUCCCUUCCCCCCAACCAACCCACAUUCCCCACCCGCUCACUCUACAUCUCCUCGCUCCCAUCCAUUUUCUCUCCGCUCAAACCCUCCUCCAACCCCCUCCUCUCCCCCUCUUCCCCCCUUCUCUCCUGUCCCUCCUAA